AAAACGUGCACGAGACGAGACGGCCUGAAGGGUUGAAAAUGAAGUAUUACUUUGGUAGUACUGCUUUCAGCUUUAAUUGGGAUCAAGUAGCAAUAGCCUUUUGGCAUCGGUACCCAAACCCAUUCGCUAAACAUGUGUUAUCAGAGGAUGUUAUAUCAAGAAGAGUUGUCGACCAAGAACUUCAUACCAAACGACUGUUGAAGAAAACCAACAAAAUGACCAGCCUCGUUCAAAAGUUUUCACGGGGCGAAAGUUUCACGUACAUUGUAGAAGAAUCUAUCGUAGAUCCUAUUCGGAAACUUAUAACGACAUACACGAGGAACAUUGCAAUGCAGAACAUAGUAUCUGUCGAGGAAAAAGUGGUUUACAAACAGGAUCCUCAGAAUAAGAACAUGGUGGUUUGUGAGAGAAAAGCCUGGAUUUAUUCCCCUUUACGAUUCGGAGCAAGUGGUCCCGUGUGUACUUUUGUUCAUAAAAGGUUUAAAAAGAAUGCAGUGAAAGCAUCAAAUGGAUUUUUGUAUGUUUUGGAGAAUAUGUUCUCUUCUCGAGACCAGUCACAGUUAAUAAAUAUUCCAGGACAGAUGUAUGUGUCUAAAGAAAUGAUGACAGAGGGAGCGAAAAAGGCAACAGAGUAUGCCAAGAAAAUAAAACCACUCAUUCCAAAGUCUUAGUUUGAAAAAGAUUUAUUGUCAUGACAACAUUGGUGCAAAUAUAUGUAGCAUUCCUGACAUUUUUUUGACAAGAUUUUACGGUGCUGCAAAAUACAUAGUGAACAUUUGACUCCAUGUGAAAAUGUGUGAAUUAGUUCAUGAUUUGUCACUUUUGUGAAUGAUGAUUAUUUUGUUGCUGCCUAAUCAUAUUUCUGGUUUCA